GCACGGUUUCGGUUUACUAUUUGGUUGACUGACCACUAGCACCACCAGAGCAGCCGCAAGACAGUAGUGAGCGUAGUGAGUGAGUGGCAGGCCUAGCGUAAAAAGAAAUGGGCACCACGUUGGGGUGUUCCGGUGUUGCUGUUUAAAUUGUUUCUGGUUUAAGCAAUUUAAGUAUCAAUAUAGAUUGGCACUUAGUUCUGAACGAGUGGUAACAGUGCGAACCUUUAUUUCUGUGAAACGGGCCAAAUAACUCUGAAAAAUCGACCGUCGAUUGCGACAGGAUGGAAGCGCCGUCGAAGGCACAUCGAAAUGCUCUCGGCCCUGCUCCAAGAGAGGCUUUGUCCAAGACAACAAACCAAGCGGCUGUGUUCCGGCGCUGUGCUGUCUGGGCCGACGUUUCAAGUAGUGCAGGGAUUGAGCAAAAGCAUUGCGAAGUCCGAGGGUGGAGAAAGCGGCGGAAAGGCAAGAGGUGGGGACGGACAACCUGAGGGGUACGCGGCGCCAGACGAGCUACGUCGUUGCGAUGGAGGCGUGUUCACGGUCGCAACGCUGCGAGUUCUAGGCAUGGGCCGGCGUUGAAAGCUGCUUUCAGCGUCAAUGCUUCAGAUAGACGCGAGUCGCGGUGGAUGGCGUGGCUUGCAAACGAGAACCACGGCACGAGUCACCGCAAGCUUAUUUCUAAACAGAAGUGCGACAGGCGAGCACAGAUCAUGGCUGGACUGCGCUCCCGUAAGGUGCUGUUGAGGGGUCGCAUGACACGACCUCGUGGAAUUAAAACCCGUUGAUGACUACUGUGGUUGAGUGGAUUACGAAACAUCGAAUUCCACGCGGAAAAGUGACGGCAGGAACUGAAGCCUAUGAGUACUAUUUUGCCACCAGCGUGGCUGAGCUGGGUUGUACAACCCUAGGAGAGAUGAACUCGAAAGAAGAGCUGGAAGUGAAUUACUGCUGCUUCUUCUCCUUCUUACAGAACCAUAGAGGAACUCUUUUGGCAGACGGCUGAUCAGGAAAGACUCGGUUCCCAAGCAAAGACGAGGAAGAGAAGUGCGUUGUUGACCUGAAGGAAACACUUGUGCAAGAACCUCUGCAGCCCACGUAGAAAGAGUGAACGAGACAGUGGUUCCUGAAAUUUCUUCAUCUAGGAUAAAUUUUUGAGGAUUGGGUUUCACAAAGCCAUUAAGUCCAACCUAAUCUUAACAUUUGCCUUCAUUGUCCAAGCAGAUGGCACUCAUCACUUGUUUAACUGUGUUGGUAUUUAUUAGUGAUGGACCGAAUGUGCCAAACUUCAGAUUUGGCAAAGUUCGGCACAUGGCGAGCUUUUGAAGAAAAGAUCAGCAGAGAUUCGGCAAACGUCUGCACACGCGCGAGAACGCGACGGGGCCAUGGAUUCCAAAUGGACGCCAUGGGGCUGUGCGGUUACCAUUGUGCAGUGUAGUAAUACCUGCGAUUACGGAGAGGUGUGGAGUAGGCAACAUGGUAACUGUGUGUUAGCCUUUACGAAUGUGGUUCUCUUCAACGUUUUGUGCCUCAGGAACAGAAGAUUGUGCACAAGUGAAGAAUGAUGUGGCACAUUCUAAAUAACGUGAUUUUCAUUUGAUAUUUCCAGUGAUGCUUUGUGGUAUUUGCAGCAUCGACUAACAAGUUUAGGUGGUGCAUGCGUGGUUGAGUGUGCGUUUUAUGUUUUCACUAUUAAACAUUUAGUUUAGUAGUGAGUCAGCGCUCGUCCUAUGUUGUGUGUUCCUCUUAUUCUUCGCUGUUACGCACUGUCAUACCUACACCGUGUUAAAUUUCCACCAACUAGCCCAUCUCUACUUUUUUACAUUUUAUUUAUAAGACUGGUGUUGGAGUCAUGUGUUAGUGUGCUAUAUUGUUUGAUUAGACUGUUUCUUUCUUGGUUGGAGAUAUCAUUGAAUGUACCUCUACUGCUGUCUAAUCUAUGGGGAUGCUGGCACCGCCGGGGUCUAAUCAUGUAAAAUUUGCUUCCCUUGUGUGCCCCUACCCGUCGCUCCAAGGAUCCAAAUGAAAUUAUUCUUAUCAGCUGGACAUGCUCAACAUCUUUUGGUAUUGGCAGUCAGUGGCCAAACUCCUUUGCCGGAAACAGUUUGAUCAUUAGGUUUCAGUGGAAAACAGCCUAGCCAGUAGCCCGGCUGGCUAGGCCAAUUUCAAGCCAACAUCAGCCAUUGGUCAUUGCCUGGACAAAGGCUGGUACACGAAACAAGCAGCAUUGCAUACUAUGUUAAUAACAAUAGACAAUUCAUCUGCAUAAAAAAAAUAAAAGCCAGAAAAGGCAACACUGAUACACAAAGUUGCUGCCCUUUACAAAGGGUAUGGCCAUUACCAUCCAUCCAUCCAAUAAAUAGCAAGAUCAUGCAAACAUAACUACAUAAAUGGCAAGUUGCAAUCAAAAAACUUUUUCAUUGUCAUUUUCUUUAUGGUAGAUUGCGAGCCUAGCAGACUCUCAUGGAGUUGGCAUUUUAGUGCAAUUCAGAAAAAUUGCCUUUACCCAUAAAAACAUAUACCAAAUAUAGUUGGGGUUACAAAUAUAAUCCCAGCUAAGCUGGUAUGCUGUACUAACGUUUUUCCCUAACCCCAUCUUUUUCCCCUUCCAUACAGACCAAUGAGAGAGACUGCCCUUCAAUGAGGCAGGCACUUUGCCUUGCGAGGACUGCGACAGCCCCUUCAGACUACAUGGACCAAGAAGAGGCACCAUCCAUCCUGGCGACCGUAGAUACCUUCUCGUGCUGGAACUGCACCGGUGUCUUCUCCUCGUGGGACUUGCUGGAGAAGCACCGCAAGACCGUGCACGGGGAGCUCGAGCCCCGACACCGGUGCAGCCGCUGCCCCUACACCAGCGAUUACAAGUACAAGGUGGUGGCCCACGAGAGGACCCACACGGGGCAGAAGCCCUUUGUGUGUGCCACCUGUGACCGGUCCUUCACACUACAGGACAGCUUGACCAGGCACACGAGGACCCACACGGGAGAGCGGCCACACGUGUGCGCCACCUGCGGGCAGAGCUUCGCCGUGCUGGGCAACUUGAGGACCCAUGAAAGGACCCACACAGGCGAGCGGCCGUACGUCUGCCCCCAGUGUGGCAAGAGCUUCGUGAAGAAGAGCGACAUGACCCGGCACGGCCGUGUCCACACGGGCGCCAAGCCACACCGCUGUGGCCUGUGCGGUUUCCGGUCGAGCUAUCUGUCGGACGUGAGGAAGCACGAGGUACUCGUGCACACUAAGGAGUACCCCCACACAUGCGAGCUGUGCGGGAAAGGGUUCAUCAAGCCAUCUGACUUGAGGGGGCACCUGGCGAGGAAGCAUGCGAAUCAGGAGCAGCAGGAGUAGCGGGGUCUUGUGUGCCUAGGCUGGUGUGGGAAUUAACUGGUUGCCCCCAAACGGGUGUGUACCAGUACUGGUGUGUGCCCAAAGCGAUGUGGGCCUGAAAUGGCAGUGGCAUCGGAAUGGGGAGACCAAAAAGACUUGCUCGUCCCCCUCCCCGCGUCCCCCUCUCCCGAAUGAUUUUGACGCCCCUAUGAGGUGGUGCGUGCCCAAAAUCGUGUGUGAACAAACUGGUGUGUGCCCAAACUGGUGUGAGCAAACCAACAACAGUUUGAACCCGAAGGCGAGUGCGUCGUGGAGGAGUCUUUAAAUAAAGUUGUGGGUGUACUCAGGAGCGGAUCCAGAACCCCGUUUGGG